AUGAUUAACACCGCAGGCCAAAGACGUCGUUCUUCCAUCGAUCCAAGCAAGCUCCAGCCUAUGUACAAGGUUCAGCACAAGCCAGGACCACAAUUCAACGUCAUGUUCAUCGGCGCCGGAAAUAUCAACUUCGGCUCCGAUGAAGGUCCUUGGAACCACAGUGCUCGUAUUGAGAACAAGUGGGGCACAAGGCUUCGUGUUACAGCACUUGUAGAUCCUUCAAAGGGUAGAGCGGAUCAGGAGCUCGAGAAGAAGAGAUCUUCAUUCGUUGCGAUUGCUUACAACGACACCAAAUGGUUCUCAAACCUCAAUGAUGCCGUCGCUGGUUUGAGACCUGAUGAGCUUCCAGAUGCGAUCAUUGUUGGUGCACCACCACAAUUCAGAGGUGGUUUGAACCCACCAGCCAACCUCGAGUUGGAUUUGAUCGACAAAUUCCCAAAUGCUGCUCUCUUCUUGGAGAAGCCAGUGACAACUGGUCCAGCUAAAGAAGCCGUUGAGGUCGGUAAGAAGAUUGCUGCAGCAGGGAACGUUACAUCAGUUGGAUAUAUGCUGCGUUAUUCACGUGCUGUUCAAACCAUGAUCAAGAUUAUUGAAGAGAACAACUUGACUGUUAUUGGCACAGUUGCCAGAUACAUAGCAGCUUAUGAGAAGAUUGCAAAGGAAGACUGGUGGGACAAGGCACGCUCAUGUGGUCCAAUUGUCGAACAAGCCACUCACUUCUGUGAUCUCUCAAGAUACUUUGGUGGUGACGUCAGUUUGGACACUGUUCAAGCUCACUCAGUUGAGUGGAACGAGGAGCCAGGAAAGUUAUCCAAGAUGCCAAUCAACGAGGAGAAUAUCAAAAUGGAAGAUCGUAUCCCAAGAUUUACCACCGCCAACUGGAAGUAUGACACAGGAGCUGUAGGUACACUUGUACACGGAGUUGCGUUGCACGACACAGACUAUUACACUGAACUUACAGUGUACACGGAUGGACAUCAAUUGCGUUUAGUUGAUCCAUACAAUAACCCAGCAUUGUACAUUAGGAAGCCAGGCUCGAAUGCCGAGUCACACAUGAGCUUUAGCAACGACGAUUGUUUCUACUCAGAGAUAUCAAACUGGGGAGAUGAGAUUGAGAAGCACGCAGAGCACGUCACCGAAGAGGACCUUGACACGAGAAUCCUUUCAACAUAUGAAGAUGCUGUACAAUCAUACGAGUUAACAUGGGCAAUUCGUCACGCUGCUGAAGCAGGUAGAAAAUUCCCUGCUCAAAAGUAA